UGUUGUUAUCAGCGCACCACACCAUCACACAAGACAAAAUCUUUGCAGAAAACAGACGAAGCACGCCUUAAAUCAAUUGAGUUCGAAAUGAAAUACUUAAUCAUCACGAUUGUUUUGCUGACGUCACUGCUCCAGAUUCAGCAGCUGGAGGCAUUUUCAGCAGAAAUGAAGGAAGUGUACCCCUACCCCAAAGCAUACAUUCAGCAAGACGGAUCGUAUUGUGUGAUUGUACGGUAUGAAAUCAGUCCCCCCUUGCUAGCGCAGAACACGAAAUUCAUCGAGUUCCUGCAGGAUGGGGGAGGGGAGUGUGCUUUUAUAUGCAAGGAAAGCUGCCCAAUUCAAGCGUCAACUUGUGCCGAUCAUCUGAAUCUAGACAUCCAGGACAAGCUGGUGUUCUUCAUGAAGAAUGUGACGAGGGACAAUGUGGACUUCUGGGCAGGCAGGUGGCAGCUGUCGGUGCAGAACUACAUGAACAACCAGAGGGCAGCCACCACACUGCAACUGCCCACAAACAUACUACAACUAGCUGAUUUGGAGAACGAAGAGUUCCCGUUUGUCAACUUCCAGUGUGGUUGAGAAAAGAUGGAUACCAAGUCAGAGACAUUUGACUAUGAAUUUCAACACAUAUAAAUAACUUUUCUUGCAGCACAAUUUUAAUAAAUACACGUGAAAGUUAUAACAAGUUAUAACAAGUUAUAACAUUUAUAGCAAUUAAAGUUGAAAUUGCAAAAAUAGAGCGAUGACA